AUGUUCUACAUGAUCGGAAUCAACUUCCUGCGGUCCCUCAUCGUCGCUGUCAAAUACGGGUGGGUGAGUCGGCAGGCCAGAAAACGCCGCUCAUGGCACACCGACAGCUAUGUGUCUCUACCGUGCAGCUAUGUGUCGCGUCGCAACUACCGCGCUCGUGGAGAGCGGCUUGUGGACCAAAACGAGUUCUUGAACGAGCUCAUGAUCAGAGGCUGGAUCAAUAUCAAACCGCACAGUAAGCACGCCAAAGGGGCCAUCCAUCCAUCCAUCCAUUCAUCCAUCCAUCACAUCUCCUCACCUCGCAGUUGCCCAGCGAGAGGUGGAGGAUUGUUCGGAGAGGCUGAAGGUCUGCAGAACGGCCCGACUGCGAUUUGCACUCACCGAGGACACCGAACAAGUAAUCCACACACACGCCAUCGACCUCCUCACAUCUUUCGAUAGAUGGCAAUGCGUGCAGUUCACGGCGUCCGCCCACUUCAUGCGGCUGCUCGGCAUCUCGGACACCAGCCAGUUUUACACUUAUCGACAGCACCUACCCGGGACACAAACCGACUCGCAGCAACCGGCCAAGAAACACGCCAAGAGACCCAAGAAGAGAAAGCGCCGCGCCUCUUUCGACCUCACCAAUGCCAUCUCUGGCCGAAAUCCGGCUGUUCCGAUGCUGGACGUACGUGAAGCGGAAGAGAUCAUUGAGGGCGAUGUUCUCAUGGAGGAGGGGAAACAGCAAUGGACACUGCCAGUGUCCGGCUCGCCUCGCUCUGUCCGCCGGCGCAUGUCUCUUGGGUCGCUGUACGAUGAGGGCAUUGUGAUAUGCGACGUGCCCGUCAUCACCCUGGCCCAUUACUUUGUGUCUCAUGCGGUAAAGAAGGGUGUCUCGUCUGUGACGCUGUUGGAGCUGUUUCUGUUCUCGGCUGUCAUUGUGAGCCUGCCUGCUGUGGCAAGGGUGGUCGACGGCUACCAUCCAUUCGGUGACAAUACGCUGGUACACACACAUGCCCAUGGACGGAUGGAUGGAUGCAUCAGUGGAUGGCAGUGUGCGUCUUUGCGUGUACCAAGGCCCAGUUGGUGAUUGGGUGUUACUUCAUUCCCACGGCCCUCAACACGUUCUCCAACUACCUCUUCCUCAUUUCUGCCUUCCUGUGAGCUGUUACACCCACGGCGUGCAAGACAGAAUCCACACACACAGGGGCUCCAUGGCACUCUGCGAUCGACAUUCGGACGUGCUGGAUCGUGGCUUCAGUGACUUCUCUCGUCGGCGUCUGCUCAUGAACUGCUGCGGCGCAUUGCUGACCAACGACCUUGACGACGAGGAGCGGGUGGCCAUCGACACGGGAGACGACCCAAUGAUCGUCAAACUGCCCGUCCUCGACAUGGCGGACUUAUCAACGAUCAGGUAUGUGGCCGUCUCUUUCCUUGCCUACUUUACCGAGUUUGUUUGUGCGAAGGCGUUUCUAUGCAUGUCUCUGAGACGGGGAUGGUGCAGGACUUUCUUGUUGUUGCGGCGGCUGCUGAUGGACUGGGGUCGGCGUUACCUCAAGCGGAUUACCAUGUUUGUGGGCUUUUUCUUCGCAACCAACAUUGCUCUCAUCGGAUGGUGAGACACACGCGAGAGACAGCGAACACACACCACACAGACACACAAACCAAAGCUCGCCGAAACAAGGGUCUCUUGUCUACAUAUCAGGUUCCUGUAUGAGCUAUACGCCUUACAAAUCUUCCGGUAGGUACACUUCACGCCAACCAACCCGUCGAUCGAUCAUGCAUUCAUCGAGAUCCGCCUUUUUUAAUCAGGCUUUCGACCGUCAUCAUAGCAGGUGGGCGGCUUGUUCGCCAUGUGUCUCCUCCCCUUCUGCUCCUGCAUGUUUGUGUGUGUGUGUGUGUACAGGCACCCACAAUCUGCUGCUGUCUGUGUGUUUCGUGAUACUGGUGAUAAACGGCAUGGCCAUCAACAAGAGCGCCGAGCGACACGCAUACCUGCUCGUUAGACACCAGGUAGGUACCCUACACAUGACAUGCGCACAUGUGCCUACAAAACACGAGCCUCCCCCGCCCCCCUCCCUGUCUGCUUUCAGGACCGUCUGUCGACGAUGCUGCAGCUGCGGCUGGUGGAGGUUGCUGGGGACAGCAUUCUGGCGCACACCGAUCAGGUCGAAAUCGUCCCUGUCUCUUGCUGCCCACACAACAAGGGCAUGCACCCGCAUCAACCGAGCGAGAUCGUCAAGAACGAGACAGAGGAGGACGAGCAGGAGCAGAAUGGGGCAGAAGAGGCGGACGACCAUAUCACGAUCCCAGUGCCAUGUACGUCUCUUGUUAUCAUGUGUUGCUGCACUGUCUCCCUUUCUCCCCUUUGAUGCAGAUGAUGUUCUCUCUCCGCCCCGGCCAACUGCGCAGCUACAGAUGGACCAGCCGGCGAUUGAGAAGCUUGAGAAGCCCACGGACGUAUUGCCCCCAGUAGCCAUCGGAUCGCCCAUGGCGCCGCUUGACCACCAGGAGGCCAUGGUGAUGAGCACCAGCGGCAGUCUGUCCACCGACCCAGUGCUGCAUGAGCUCAACCUGGCCAGCGCACGGCUGACGAUGCUCGCCAACCAAAUCACACUCGACAGAGACCAGAACCCCAUUUCUAUCAUGGGCUUCUAUGCCGGCAUGGAGCUGCUGCGGGCCGUCUCGGUCAUCCCUAUCGCCACUCUGACGGCCGUCGGUCAGUACUUCUCGCAGAAUGGUGUGUAGGUAAAGUGUGCAGCGAGGCAGGGACCGAGGAAGUGGGCCUGGGUGCGUGCAUGGGAGUAGAGAAUGGCGGUAAAGAUGACGCGAGAUGGGCUGUGACCGAACAGGCAAUGUUG